AUGGCGCUAUUCUCGGAUUUGACGGUUCGCCUCCGCUCCAAAAUGUUUGUCUGGACGUUUGCUACUAUAGCCUUGAUCGUGUACCACAAGUCCAGGAUUGCCGGAAGAUGGUUCUGGGUCCAGGAAAAAGCCAAGGUUCCCCUCGUCUGUAUCGGAAGAAACUCUCCGCGCAACAACAACACUUGCAAUACCGUGGGCAGCAUCUCGGAUCCGGAGGCAUCGAGCGAAAGCGAGGAAAAA